CCCAGAUGCCUAAGGGGCAGGUCCAUAAGGGCCGGACCCGCGGCCUGCUCGCGACCUCCUUCGGCUGGCGCUUCCGGCUCUGGUCCCUGGGACUCUUCUGCCCGGAGCGCCACCUCGCCAGGCGCCUUAAGAACAACAGCUUCUUCCCGUUCGAGCAGCAGCAGCCCAACGGUGCGCGCAGGGCGGGGCGCGUCUGGGGAGGAGGGAGCCGGGCGGAGGCCGGAAUGGAGCGGAGCCGGGUGGGCAGGGCCAGGGGCCCUGGGCGGGGCCGGCCCGUGCUCCCCGGGUCCGAAUCGCAGCCGGCUAGACGCAGCUGCCGCCCCGAGCCCUGCGCGGACCCAGCCGCUCCGGGCCAAGCCCUGGCGCCGCCACCCCGGCUGCGGGGGGCCCGGGCGUCCUCACACGCCGCGCCGCCCCUAGUCUUCGUGCUCGAGUACUACCUGGACACGCUGUGGAAGGGGAUGCUGCUCUUCGUCGUCUGCGUGGUCCUGGUCAGCGUCAGCUCCCUGAGAAAGGUGCAGAAACAGGAGACCUGGGUCUUCCCCGCGUACGGCGUGGCCGUGGGCCUGUGGAUGGUGGUCUCCUCGCUGCCGCGGCGCCGCCUGGUGCUGAACCACCCGCGCGGCGUGUACCACUUCUCCAUCCAGGGCCGCGCUGUGUGCCAGGGCCCCUUGCACCUGGUCUACGUGCGCCUGGCGUUCAGCUCCGACGCCUACGGAAGGUGCUUCUUCCAGCUGGUCCUCGGCGGCCACAGGUUGGAGCCGCUGGUGCUGGUGCAGCUGUCGGAGCACUACGAGCAAAUGGAAUACUUGGGCCGUUACAUGGCCCGGAAGCUCAACAUCAACUACUUCGACUACAUGGCCACUUCCUACCGGCACGUGGUUCGCCACUGGCCACCCUCUAGCGCCCGCACCGUGUCGCACAAGAGCCUCGUGGGCAAGCACAGCUCCUCUCAGUCCAACCUGGAGGUGUGA